AUGACGUUCGUCCAGCUGUCGUUGGCGCCGCUUCUUUUCCUUACGCUCUGGAGCUACAGACAAGAAGGAGCGUACGCCGCGCCAGAGUCAUCGCCACCCUCCGGACAACGACGCUCGACGGAUCCGUGGACGGCCGCGGGACUGACGAAGGACCUCUCCCUAGGCGAUGCCCCGGCAGGCUUGCUAAAAGUCGAUUACGGAAAGGAUUCGGUGACGAUUAACGGCUCGCUGACGCCGGAGCAGGCCUCCAGCGCACCUAAGGUUGCCCUGGCUGGUGCCAUCAACUGCACACCGCCGUUCGCUCUGGUCAUGCUUGACCCCGACGCGCCGAGCCGCAGCGGUGCGACGGAACGCAGCUGGCUGCACUGGAUGGUGGUCAACGCCAAGAGCACGACGAAGCUGCACGAGGGCGAGCAGCUGAUGCCGUACGAAGGUCCCACUCCGCCCCGGGGAACGGGGCCGCAUCGAUACGUCUUUCUGGCCUACUGCCAAGGCGGGACAAGCUCGAACAGCGCGAAACUGAAACCCACGCACAGGAACAAGUUCCAAUUGAAAGACUUCCGGAAGAAACUGGGUGGCAUGGUGCCGUUUGCAGGCACCUUCUUUUACGCCGAGAACACUGCGAAGACAAAGGGUACAGCGCCGUAG